UACAACUUUAGUUGUUGGUUUACCGCAGGAAGGAAUAGCAUGUGCCGAUAGACCGCAGUCUGAUUUCAGUCUCUAUUCCUUAUUAAAAAACUAGUUAUUAGAACCAUUCGUGGAAUUAAUCAUCAACAGCAAAAAUGGCCUCGUACGUUAUGGUAUGGCCAAAGCAAGAAUAUCAAACGCUUAAAACCAAAGCAAAGCUAAAAACAAUGGAUCAACAACUGGCGGAGUUCAAGCGUAAUGAGUUGGAGAAAAAAAACAUGUUGGAUGAAUCGGAGAGGCGAAAGAAAGAGCUGCAGGAUAUCGAUCGUGGGCAUCAAACCAAGUGCGGAACCUCAGGGGAUAUACCGGACACAGAGUUUGACGGUUCGGCUCGUAAAAUCACUGACAGAGCCUUCAUCGCAAAACAAGAGCAAGAGGAAGAGGUCAAACGUGCUAACAGAAUAAUAUUAGCCGCUAAAUGCCAUAUCAUACGGGACGCGCAAAUAGCUGAAAAGCAGGAAAUAGAACGGGAGCUAAAAGCGGAAGAGUUACGACUGGAGAAAAUGAUGCUGGAGGAGAACGAAAAGGCGCUGAGAGAAGAGGAAAAAAAGCGACAACAGAACAAAUUAGAAACUGUUCAGAAUGCCGAACAAAUACGAAAGCAAUUGUUGUUUAAAGAAAGAGAAAAAUAUAAAACUGCGGAGAGAAUCGAAGAAGAGGCUCGUGUGUUGAAGCAAGCUCAGCUUGCCAUAUCCAUCGAAGAGAAGCGCAAAGAAAAGGAAAAAGCUGAUCGAAGAAUCCAGAUCCGUAAUGAUUUGAAGAAAGCCUACGAACUAUCGGCUCACUAUAAGCAGCUGGAAUUCGAGGAACAACGAAUCGCAGAGCUCAAAGUUCAGGAAUAUACCCGACAACGUAACGAGCGUCAGAUGAAACUGUUGAUGGAGAAAAAAAUAUCCGAAGAUGUUAAAGAGCGCAAACAAGAUCGAAUGCUUAAAAUUCAACAAAAACUGCUCGCAACUAAGUCAGCCAAAAAUGACAUGGAUUUGCGCAGGGGCCAGGAACAAGUGGAACGCGAGUUCAGACGGCGUGAGAAGGAAGUUGCACGCAAAAAACGUAAGAUGGAACAACAUAUUGCCGAUGCACGUGCCGCACAGCUGGAAGCUGUGAAAACCGAAAGAGCUAUGCAGAUUGCUCGAGACGAGCAGGAUCACCGCAAAUCGGUGGAAAAAUUUAAACAGGAGGAACAGAGGGAGGAGGAAAAUAAGAGAAAAAAGCAGCAACAUCGGGAAAAAUACCGGGCAGACAUAAUACGACAAAUCGAUCAAAAGGAGAAGGAAUUGCGCGAACUGGAACGAGCUGCAAAGAAGGAACACGCCGCUAUGCAAGAGGCUGCGAAGAAACGAGAACAGCUAAUCAUCUCAACAAUCGCUAACAAAAUCAAAAUAAUGAAUGAAAGUAGAGUUCCGGCGCGUUUUAUAACAGACCUGGAGCGACAAUUGAAACUUAUUAAAGUAGAUUAAUUUUAACGAAUGCCUUCAUAAUUCGGAUGCUAAUAAUUUAAAAUUAUCAAUUCUACUUGU